GUUUGAUACAGCUUCUCCCUUUGUUGUUGUUCUUGUAUCAUCUGAUUGUACUGGCAUUUCCAUUCCAUUUGGCGUAUUUGGUGCAGCUUCUAUCUGUCGGACGUCUUCAGCCAAUAUUUCAGUUAACUUGAAGAUUUCAGUUCAGUCCAAGUUGGCAUUUUCACCGGUACAGUUUGAAUAGCUCGCGCGCAUACGCUGCCCAAAAACGUUUCGACUCGUGCGUUGGUUAUUAAAAACGGUUUAGGUGUGCCUGACCGAUUUAUGUAACCAAUUUACGAAAAAAAAACAUACGAAUUUUUAUCUUCACAAAAUAGCGAGGCAAAUACUUCCAUCUUGAAUGACUAAACUUGUGUGUGUGUGAACGUUGCAUCAAUUGCUUCUAUAAGAAUUGAAAAAAACACCGAAAAGGAAAGUCAAGGAUCAAGCGAUUAAUCAGCGUGUGGCCAAUUAGAGUGGAGUAGCGCAGUGAUAGAGCAGAAAUGAGGAAACCCAAAAUGUUUGCUUUACCGUUUUGGCUGCUGUCACUGGCGUUGGUAUGCGCCUGCAAAGCGCAGGGUGCCUUCGAAGAUGCUGAAACAUCGAAUGAUUAUAUGAGCGGCAAUACACAACAACAAUUCGAUCUGCGUCACACAAUACCAGGCGAGCCUGAAGUCGAUUAUCCCAUCUACAGCGAGGUGCCAAGUACGAGUUUUGAGUGCACAGGAAAGCAUGAAGGAUACUACGCAGACAUGGAGACCCGCUGUCAGGUGUUCCGCAUUUGUACUCACACCGCACGCAGUAUACAUGGCUUCGGCUUCCUAUGUCCCAACGGCACACUCUUCAGUCAGAAAAAUUUCGUUUGCGACUGGUAUCGAAACGUCAAUUGCGAUGAAUCCGAACAAUACUUUAGCAAAAAUAGUGCGAAUCGAAUCGGCAGCAGUUCUGAUAUGUUGGAGAGGGUACGUCAAAUGAUGGAAUAUCCCAUGAAAACGAUAUCACAAGCACUUCAACAACGGCCAGUCGUGCUACAAACAUCGCAUCAUACGCUCAAGAAACAACUAGAGUUGGCGGAGAGUGGACUGGAUGUUAGCGAGAGUGAUGCAGUGCAGGAAUCUAGACGCGAUAGCAGUCAAGGCGCAUAUUUAGCGCGCAAGCAGCCAGUUACACGCGCGCCUGUCGAGUCUGUCUCACAGAACUACAACGAAAAUCAGCAAACACAGUUGGGGGAUGUUGUAACUCAACAACGUAAAAGAUUGCAGCAGCAACGGCAACAGCAACGCAACGAAACAAAGAAUCAAAACAGCAAUAGUGCUGAGCUGGUACGCAGCAAGACGCAAGCGAAGCAGAUAACGCAGGUGACUCAAGUGAAGAGCGCCUCAAAGCCGGAAGGCGAUGAUGUGUACGUGAAUAGUUUGGGUGAAUUGUCCUCUGAUCCGGGUGUGAGUUUCAUGCAUGACACAGCACAUAUCAUAGCGGAGGCACCGAGUGACGCCAGGAGUUAUCAAAAGCAGCAGAAUUUCGCCGAAAAAGUAAAUGUUGCUUUAAAUGAUCUCUCCGAAUUGCCUGCUGAUGAAGUUAUUGCACCGGACUAUGUUAAGAGCUUGCGGCAACCCAACGAAGAUCUCGUUUUGGCAGCCAACAUAAAUAACUUGCUUGAGGAAGUCGCUGAUGAUUUGGAUCCUAGCAUUUCUGGUUAUCAAGUGCCAGCGCCGUCGAAGAACAAAAGCUCGUUCAGGUUUCUAAGUCGCGGUUUCUCGUCGCAAAGUGACCGCGCUAAACGACCACCAUAUGAGUAUGCGAAGCCGAAACAGACGGCAAGUACGAUACGAUUUACGCCGAAUGAGCUGCCAAUCGAUGAUACCUACAAAGAUACGAAGGAGUUCAUAGCUCAAAAAUCAAAUGCAAACAAUUCAAGCGGUACCGUUUAUGAGAGUUCUGAUGAGACUAUACAAUUCACCUUCAUGACAACCACUCCUACACCCAUCGAGCCGGCCGAAAUACGAGUAGAAAACGAAGCAGCUGCCAAACUUGAUGCUGAUAUGGCGGCUGAAAUAAUUGAAGCAGGUCAAGGUUUUAGUAGUGCAAAUGAUUAUGGGACAACUGAAAAUCCUACAGCUACCACAACGGCAUCAUCGAAUGUGAAUCCAGAGAGAUAUUAUUUAAAUUCUGUUGGCACUGUUCCGCUCAAUUUGGAUUUCGGCUUCCUUAGUCCACCAGAGCCAGAGACUGCGAGCGAUGUGGAGGCUUCAACUGCUGAUGAACCCACUCUAUUUGAGUUCAAAGAUUUUGAUAAAGUCACCAGUCCAACGACAGAAGAUUCAGAGCUUAUGCUGCACCUUACACAACCGACAAAGGAAACUGACACAACCACAGAGAACUCAAUAGUCGAGCAAAAUGAAGAAAACACUACCGCGGUUGACGUAGAGUCUAUUCUUGUGCAGAAAAUACUUCUUCCACCUCCGAAACCGGCAACAGAACAUAGCAGCACUACUGCAAUACCCUCGGAAGAGUAUGCGGAUAUAAAAACUUAUCCACCGAUAUUGGAUGAAGAAAAGUUGGAUGUGGAAAAUCAGGCUGCAAAGCUGUUGUUAGCUGGUGUGAAGUUAACCAAACACGAUAGCAGCAACGUAGAAGAGACUGCUCAACGAGCGAAUGGCUCAUAUAGCGCUGUACUGGACCCAACCUUUGGCGAUGGAGGAGCGCUUUUCAUAUACGUCGAUGAUGAAACGGUCAGUGCGUAUGCUAACGCAACCGACGCCGAUGCACAGCAAGCGCUAAGCAGCACAACGACUACAACGACAACAACCACAACCACAACCACCGCACAGCCUUUGACCAGCACCACCGUCUUGGCGAGCAUGAGCGAGGGCGGUAGUUUUCAGGAGCGCAUACGCAAUUAUCGUCGUUUUGCUAACAAGCAGCGUGCAACCGCCAAACCAAUAGUUUAUGAGAAGCGCGCAAAGUUAACAACAACAGAAACAACAAAAUCGCCCAGCACUAGCGCCACAACAACGCGUAGUUAUUUGAAGCGCGUGGCAGCCAGCCGAUUGCGCUUGUCGCGACUCGGCGCGGCAAAUAAUCGCACUGCUGCCACAACAACAACAACAACAGUUGCGCCUGUUGGUGAUGAUGACAAUAGCAAUGACGACAAUGAUAUUGAAACAUCGGAAACGAGCAGAAAUAUCUCAGUGCGUAACAUCGACAAAGAAUUGGGAGGCGGCGGUAAGCGUUAUGACGCGCGCGGUAAUUCUUACGACAGGGAUAGCGCACGCAAGCGCGGCACUACUACCACCAGCACGACUGGCGGUCCGACUGUGGCGGACGACAGCAGCAAUGGUGCGCCAACUAGGGGGAGUGCACGUAAUAGUGUAAGACGCUUUCAAGUAAACCGCAAAGCUAGCACUGAGCCAACUACCAUCGCCGAUAACCAGCGCGCAGUGAGCAAACCAACGCGCAGCGUCGGGAAACGCAUACGAAAUCGUUUUUCGAAUUUCAAAACGCAGACUAGUGCUACUAAUGCGGUAACAACAAAGAGCGAAACGAGUACAAGUACGACAACAUCCACUGCAGCGCCGACAACGCUGCCUGAGCAAUCAGCACCGAUCGGCCGCGACGCUAACUCACCAAAUCGAAUGCCAAAUCUUGAUCAUUUGCUAAAAUCUAUAACUUCCUCUGUUUCCUACUCCACUUCAUCAACUAAAAAUCAACCACACGCCGAUUCACUAAACGCGCCGCCUACGUCGGUCACUUACUCCAUGUCCUCAUCCUCUACUUCAUCUUCAUCUUCUGCGCCUAAUGCCGCAUCCUCUUUCUCCGACUCUCCCUCACUGUCUUCCUCCUCUUCCACUGUCACCACUCAAGAUGACUCUACAACUUUUCUCGACUUUGACAAGCUAACACGCGCCAUUGUUGAUGAUUCCGUUUUACAGAAUUUCCGCAGUCAACAACAAUCUAGUGGACCUUCCACCGCAGUCGCCUACCAGACUGCACCGAGCGCCGCUAUGUCGCGCUCACUUUCGGUGGACAGUGAUGUGCGUGCCAUUGGUAACUCGGUAACGCAGAGUUAUAAUAAGCCACCGCCGCAAGCUCCCGCCCAGCUAACGCCACCGCAGCGUACACAACAAUUGUCACAGAUAAAAAACGCGCAUGUGCCCACUUCGCCAACGCCGCGCAUUGUAAUCGCGCGCGCGGAAGGUCAACGCAUCGCACCGAAUUCAGUGUCUUCUAUUAUUUCGUCGCUGGUGAUGCAGCCGACAAUCAAGCCAACAACGAAUACGGCUUAUGUGGCGCUUGAUGAUUUCCUCACGAAGAAAUUCGGACAAACCACUACGAGUUAUACGAAAACGAAUACAGCAACAAAACUAACAACAAGCGAGCGCAAUCGGCACCAAAUAGUGCAGCCACCGCAGCAACAAUACAACCAAAAAUUGCAAUCCAACUUCCAAGCUGUCGCAGCGACGGCAACAACGAAUCCUGCACAAUCACAGAUACAACAACAACAAAAGUUACCAGCACAAAAACAGCAAUUUAGUCAGCACUUUAGUCAGCAAUUUCAGCAAACUCAGCAGCAACAAAAACAACUGCAACAGUUAGCGCAGCAGCAACAACUAGAACAAUUACAACAAUUGCAGCAACAGCAGCAGAAACAGCAGUAUGCGCAGCAGCAGUUGAAGGAACAGCAAUAUUUCCAACAGUUCUCGAUAAAUGCGCGACCACAAGUGCAACAGCAGCAACAACAACAAGCGCCUAAGUCGAUACAGCAACAAUUUGGUGGAAAUUCAAUUUAUACAGCGCCACAGCAGCAACAGCAGCUGGCGUUGCAGCAGCAAAAGUCGACAUCGUGGCAUCAUCAACAACAACAGCAGCAAGUGUCGCAGCACAAGCAAAGUCAGCAAUAUGCACAAGAAGAACAAACACAAUCACAACAACAAUAUCAGCCCCAAAAGUCGACAUCCACGCAAUUCUAUUAUCCUCAACAACAGCAGCAACAACAAACAUCACCUUUUACAAGCAACUUCUUCAGCAUCUUCAAUCAGCGGCAACAACCACAACUGCCACAAUUCCCUCCACUUGGCAAUACAGCUGCUAGAGCCACUUUUGAGAGUCCAACUCCAUCACAACAACAAUUUUCCAGCGCCAUUCUCAGCAAUAGUAUUGUGCCACCCGAACACGAUAAACAUGUGAAUAUUCAAUUGCCCGCGCUCACCGUCGGUCUCAUACCGGCGCCGACCGCGCUAACGCUAACCGCUCAACGACGCAUGGAUGUGGGCGCGGCUGCGGAUGUUGGUAGCUCUAGCGCGUCUAAAGAAGCGCUCGGCGACGACGGUGGUGCCUACACCGGCGUCAGUUCUUACGAUGUGCCACUGAGCAGCAUUGGCCGUCUGCCGAACGAUAUAACACAUCUGCUGAGACGAUUGCGCAAAGUCAAAUGA